AUAUGCUCCAUUCUUGCUUCUGAUCUGGAGGUCAAACAAUUUAACUACUUUACACGAAAGUAUGUACUAUGCCAGAAAAUUGACCGUCACCGCCGGAUAACCAAUUUCAACUCUUCUUUCUUUUUGGCGAGAUAUAGAAUAAAACGUUUAAAAGUGCUUCUUGGUUAGUUGAUAUAUAUAUAUACAUUUAUAAAAAUAAUAUGUCCGAUUCUCGUCGUCGUAGGAAAGUUCAUAAUUCAGGGGAUUCAGAUGACCUUUCGGAUUCCUAUGAUGAACUUAAUACAACAAAAGAAACUCAAAGCAGUGGACCAAUUGAGGAUUGUCACGAUUCAGAGUAUGACACAGCUGGAAGUGAAUCUGAAGCAGAAUCACAAGAAGGUGUAUUAAGAGAAAGUGGCGAUGGCCAAGAGGAAGAAAAAUCCCAAAGAAAGUUAGAUGAUGAUGAAGAUCGACGAAAUCCUCAAUACAUUCCAAAACGUGGUACAUUUUAUGAACAUGACGACAGAACUGCCGAGGAAGCGACAGAAAGUGCCGUUGAACCUCAAGUGGAACGGGAUUCUAAAGAGAAGAAAGUGUGGAAAGAUAAGGAUGAUAAAUGGAAUCACGAUAGGUACAAUGAUGCUGAGCAAGCACCGAAAAGUCACGAGGAAUUAAUUGCCGUCUAUGGUUACGAUAUUAGAAACGAAGAAGGACCGCCGAGAGCACGAAGAAGAAGGCGUUAUGGACGUGGCCCUAACAAGUACACGAGAAAUUGGGAAGAUGAAGAUGCUUAUGGGAAAAUCUCUGCAAAUGCAUCUAAUAAGAAUGUCGGGCGAAAAGUAAAUAAAACUGGAGAAGAAUUUCCAUCUCUUGGUCCUGGUAAUAAGAGUCCAGUAAAGGUGGAAGAACCUGUAAUAUCAUCCGCUUGGUAUAGUAAUAAGACUAAACCACAAGCUAAGGCAAACUUUCCGCCACUCCAACCGCAAUCAGAUAAUCUUAAAUCUAAACAAAGUAGCCCACCUAUUAGUCAAUCAAGAGAAAGUAAAAUUUCCAACGAGACAACAAAUCAAGUAUGGAAAAAGGAUGUCAAAAGUGCUUCUUAUAUUCAUACUUCUAACGGUAAUUCUGGUGGCGAUGAUGCUGAUAAAGGAUAUGUAAAAGCUUUGCCUCGAGACAAUAACAAACGAAAUGUCCAAGAGUCCGUAAGUCUUGUUGCUAGUAGAGCACGUGGACGUGGUUUUAAAGCAAAUACUAAUAACAAUAUAGUCAGUAAUCGAAUAUUAGAAAUGAAACCAAAAGGAAGAGGUCCGGGUGCGAUCAAUCCAGACAAUAGACGUUCCAACCCAAUUCAAAUGGACGAGGAACAUCAACUUGCUAAUGACGUUAAACACAUGAACAUUGUUGAAUCAACUUCUUAUCACCCUGGUGGACGACAGAAUAAACAUUUUAAUGUCCAAUUGACGACUCAACAAAGGGCGAAUACAGUUCCACCGCGUUUGCAACACACUCAACAGCAGCAACAACAACAACUUCAACAACAACCGCAGAAACAACAGCAGCAACAGGUUCAGCAGCCUACACCAUCAUUGCAGGAUGCUUCGGCAAACCGUCCGAAACGUUAUUCAAGUCUUCGUCAACGACCAGCACUUACAGAAGGACCCGGACAACAAAAUUUCCCUUCACCACACGGCCAACAUACAUUUUAUCCACCUCAAGCUGGAAGUUCAAGAGCUGUUUUAGAACCACAAGGUUACCCUCAAGGGCACUUUGAGCAGCCGACAGCAGUGGCACCACCGAAUGCGCCAAUGACGGGACAACCGGUCAUCCCGCUACCACCAGCUCCACAACCAUCAAGUUACGCGGCCCCACCGCCUUUCUUAGUUCCACCGCCGCAAUUUUUGCCUCCACAAACAGCACCACCGAAUAUACUAAACUAUGUCCCAGGUCCCACUGGGCCCCAAUUUCAACCUAAUUAUCAAGGAUAUCAAGGCUAUAAUCCUGCACCUGUUCAGGCUCCAGGUCCUCCACCACCGCAAGAAUUGUUCCAACCACAAGGUUGUACUUACUACAGUCCUGCUCAACAACAUCAACAACAGCAGCAACAACAACCAGUGAGGCGUCCAACUGCUGCGAUUCCCAUUCUUCCACCUCCCGAUAAUCAACAGCAGUAUCAAGCAGCUCGAAAUCGUGGUAAAAUUACUCUACAACAUCCGCAACAAGAAACACAUCAGCAAGUCUUGCAAAAGCAUCACGACUUGCACCAACAACAACAACAACUACAACUACAACAGCAGCAACAGGAACACUUGCAGCAAUUAGAGUUUCAAAAAAUUCAAUUUCAACAGGCUGCUGAACAGAGUGAACAGGAACAGCAUAAUAUCGUGGCACAGCAUGAACAACCAAUUCAAUAUGAAUUGCAGGAGAAGUUGUUUGAAAUCGAGCAAGCAGCAAUCGAGCAAGCAGUAGCAAAAGAUGAAAAUCUAGUUCCACAGGAACACGAACAGGAAUUACGAAUUACGCAAGAAAAAGAAUUACGCGAGUACGAAGAGGUAAUACAAGAAUCUCAAGAGAUUGUCGUACAAGAAAACCUAGAGGAAAUUUCAUCAUCAACUGAAAAUGAAAUAAUCGAUGAUAAAUUAUUAUCAGACGAAAAAUCUUUGACCCUUCCGCUAAAGGAGUGUGAAGAUACUGAAACAUUUGAAAAUGUUAAUGUACAAACAAAAGAAAUAGAGACAGUGGCAGAAGUACAUGAAUGUUCGGUAGAAAUUACCGAAAAGCAUCCAACUGUAUCAUCGACAGUUGAUUUAAUAAGUGAAGCACCUGUUAAACUAAAUAAUGCACCAGUUGUUGAUACAAUCGUUUCUUCUAGUACAGAUAAUACAGUUGUAGAAAAUGGUGAGACUGAUGGCGCUGUUUUAGAAAAGCCCGUUGUUGAAGAAACCGCUGCCUAACUUUUUAAGAAAAAAUAAGUAUAUAUAUACAAAUAUAUACUUUUGUAACAUUGAAAUUAUUUUAGAUGAUUACGUUUCAAUAUCAGAAUAUAUUUUGGUUGUAUAGUAAUUCAAAGUGUUUACAUGUUAACCAAUUUAGUGAUAAAUUAAUGCUUUCAGAAAUUUUCAACUAUAUUUCGAAAUUCGAAACAAACAACGUUACCGCAUAGUGAAUCUAUAUUACAUAAUUUUUUUCAUUAAAAUAAUUUUUUACUAUACAUUUUAUCUUAAACAAAUUUUAUAACUAUUAAAAAUUUUCAAAGAAAAAAUUGUAAUUGAAUUUUUAAU